AUGGACAUCAUGAUGAUGAUGAUGAUGAUGAUGAUGGAUGAAGGUAAGAUAUAUAAGUCACUGUUUUACAGGUUAGAUAAGUCACUGUUUUACAGACAUUUUCUAUUUCAGGAUACGAUUAUCAGGGAUACCCUGUCACCUGUGAUUAAGCUCAUAUCUUCAACAUCUCAUAAUUUCCCUGGUGGAAGCUCGGUACGAACGUUGGUCUGCCACAAAUUCAUAGACGUGGUCUUCAUCAUCGGUUUACGUGUAGGUUUUGAAAUGACGAGGAAUCACAUGAAUAAAAUCCUGGUUGAGUUUUUUUCCUGCUUUACGCAAGUUCAUGGUAACCAGCAGCAACUGACUCAGGUAGCAGCACAGCAAGAGGCUGUGGACCAAGCUCGACCAAUCAAAUCUCAGGCAUCAACAGAUGACUCGUACUGUAAUAUAAAGAUUGAUGGCAGUACAAACGAGUACACUAUUGGCACACCAGUCUCCCUUGGCAACUUCAUCCCCUCCCCCAGCUCGGGACUCAGCCCGGGGGGUUGGCAAUCCUCGAGAAAAUCUGUGUAUAGUCUCACAGUCACACCAUAUGAUGACCGAGAAGAUUCCCCAGAGUAUGGCACAAAAGACAAAGAAAAAACAUUACAGGACCUGGUUGAAGUUUUCUCCCCUGAACUAGCCAUGGCAUCCUACAUACCCUUCUGUCGUAUAUUUGGCAGUAUCUACAUGGAGCAUUGCUUACCUAAUGAUGACAUGAUCAGACAGCUCUGCUCCCAGUAUGAUGGGGAACUCAGUCCCACCCAGAGUAGCGACUCUGAACCACCGUCCCCUGUACAUGAAGCCACACCUGUCCUGGGAAUCGGGAGUAACGUAGCUUUGCUAGGCAACAGGAUCCAGCUCACCUCCAGUACAGCACAGGGGUCAGACGCUUUCAAGGUCGGACCUAUACACAGGAACUCUCGCAUACUCAGGGUGGAUCCGGAUGAAACCAGGAUUGAACAGAAGGAGCAUCAGAAGCGGCGACAUCUGAGGGGGAACUGGCUCGCUUACUGGGAACAUGAACUAGGUCUGAGUGAGAGGGACACUAUGUUCAACUUUAAACAGAUCAAGCUACAAACAUUUGAAGGCCACAGUAGUAGUAUCCGGUCACUGACCGUACUGGACAAUGAAAACUCCUUCAUCACUGCCAGCAAGGACAAAACGGUCAAGCUCUGGUCCAUAAAGAGCUAUGGGGAUGGUGCCCACAAAAGCAAAUGUCAGUGGACCUAUCAACAUCAUAAGAAGUCUGUGUUUUCUGUAGCCUACCUCGAGUCUGUGAGACUUGUAGCCUCCUGUGAUAGUACUGUCCAUAUCUGGGACCCGUUUACGGGAGAUAUAGUCCGCCGCCUUGAAUCAUCCCGGUACAGCCCUGUGACUGCGCUAAUUCCUUGUCCCUCGCCAAGCACAAUGAUCAUCACUGCCACGAAUGACUCCACUCUUAGGUUCCUAGACCUGCGAGCAGCCAGUUAUGCCCACGAGUACAAGUGUACAACAAGCACUGCAGGCUUGAUUCGUUGUGUGACGGUCAGUCCGGACAGCCAUUGGGUGUCAGUAGGAUUCUCCUCAGGAAUGUUGUCCAUCAUAGACCUCCGCACUGGCAUAAUGAUGAAGUCCUGGAAAGGUCACGAAGGCGACAUCUUACAGAUGAAGGCGUACAAUAAAACAACCUUCCUCACCUCGUCUUUUGACCAGACCAUGAAGAUCUGGAACACGGAGGACUCUAAGGACCUUCCCUGUCUCAAGGGUCAAAGUGAACCAGUCCAUUGCAUGUCUCUCUACAAAAACCAGAUAAUCUCAGGGACCACUGGUAAUAAAAUAGGAGUCCAUGCUUCUAUAGAGAACCAGGCUUCCUUCACUGUUACUAAACUGAAGGCAGACACUUUUAAAGGCGUCCUGACAAGCAUGGCCAUUCUACCGAUGAACAGGACAGUAUUACUUGGGGCAGACAAUGGUAGUGUCCGCCUGUUGUGUUGAACAAGACUACAUAAUGAGGCAUUUUUCGGCUUUAUUGAACAUAAACAUAUAUUCUGUCUGACAAUGGUCGUGUCCAUGUCAUUUGACAUUAACACACUCUUAUGGGUUUUUUCAAACAUGAGCUGUGUGACUAGGGAUUGAAAAUGUCUGAAACGUAGAUACUCUAAUCUAUAAUUCUUUGUUAAUUGACAGUCUGCAGACUCUAACACAGAACUCAUGUGUAGUCUGGAGUCUACAUAAUCUUAACACAGACCUUAAUGUAUAGUCUGGAGUCUAACACAGACUUAAUGUAUAGUCUGGAGUCUAACACAGACUUUAUGUGUAGUCUGGAGUCUAACACAGACUUAAUGUAUAGUCUGGAGUCUAACACAGAACUCAAUGUGUAGUCUGGAGUCUACAGACUCUAACACACAACUUAAUAUCUACACACUCUAACACACAACUUAAUGUCUACAGACUCUUACACACAACUUAAUAUCUACACACUCUAACACACAACUUAAUGUCUACAGACUCUAACACACAACCUAAUGUCUACACACACUAACACACAACCUAAUGUCUACACACUCUAACUCACAACUUAAUGUCUACAGACUCUAACACACAACUUAAUGUCUACAGACUCUAACACACAACUUUAUGUCACAGACUCUAACACAUAACUUAAUGUCUACAGACUCUAACACACAACUUAUUGUCUACAGACUCUAACACACAACUUAAUGUCUACAGACUCUAACACACAACUUAAUGUCUACACACUCUAACACACAACUUAAUGUCUACACACUCUAACACACA